GGCUAUAGCCCACACAACUCAUAAGUUGGAUGAAGGUACAUCUAUGACUGAUUUUUUUUUUUUCAAUCUAUAACUUUGAUUUAUUACUUUAGGUACAAAUUGGGAUAGUUACCAACUUAUGCUGUGGAGAUGGCACAAGCAGAACAAACCAAGGAAAGUUCAGCAUUUUCAAGCUGUGAUGCUUAUUUUGAGAAAAUAAAGUCCAAGAAGAAAUUAUCGCAACCGUUUCAGGAGACUUUAACUGCUGCAUUUGCAAGGAUUCCUGUUUCUUCUUUCCCACAAGUUCCUGGUGGUAAAGUGAUUGAAAUUCAAGCAGAUGCAACAAUUGCUGAUGCCGUUAAGAUCCUAUCAGAAUGCAACAUUAUGUCUGCUCCUGUGAGAAACCCUGAUGCAGUCACUAGCUUGGACUGGAGACAGAGGUACAUAGGAAUCAUAGAUUACUCAGCAAUCAUUCUCUGGUUACUAGAGAGUGCAGAACUUGCUGCUGUUGCUUUAUCAGCCAGCACAGCUACAGCUGCUGGUUUAGGUGCUGGAGCCGUUGGUGCUCUUGGAGCACUAGCAAUGGGUGUGACAGGUCCAGCUGCAGUUGCUGGACUAACAGUUGCUGCAGUAGGAGCUGCUGUGGCUGGUGGUGUGGCAGCUGAUCAAGCAGCAGGAAAAGAUCCUCCGUCAGUUGCUAACAACUUGGGCCAGGAAUUUUACAAAGUUAUCCUCCAAGAAGAACCAUUCAAGUCAACCAGUGUAAGGUCAAUAGUUAAAUCAUACAGAUGGGCUCCUUUCAUUCCAGUUGCAACAGACAGUUUCAUGCUGAGUGUCCUGUUGCUACUCUCAAAAUAUAAGCUGAGAAAUGUACCUGUAAUUGAGCCAGGCAAGCCCGAUAUCAAGAACUACAUUACUCAAUCUGCGGUUAUUGAAGGUCUGGAAGGAUGCAGAGGGAGGGAUUGGUUUGACUGUAUUUCUGCACGGCCUAUUUCUGAUCUGGGACUUCCUUUCAUGUCUUCUGAUGAGGUUAUUAGCAUCCAAAGCGAUGACCUGGUUCUGGAAGCAUUCAAAAAAAUGAGAGACAACCAAGUUGGUGGUCUUCCAGUCGUAGAGGGGCCAAGGAAAAAGAUUGUCGGGAAUGUAAGCAUAAGAGACAUCAGACACUUGCUUCUCAAACCUCAACUUUUCUCCAAUUUCAGGCAGCUCACUGUGAAGGAUUUCAUGAAUACCGUUGUUUCAACCGGCCAAGAACGUGGCAGACUCAUCCCGCCAAUAACAUGCAAGGUAGAUUCAACUCUUGGUAGUGUGAUCCACAGUCUUGCCACCAAAUUGGUGCACAGGAUCUAUGUAGUAAGCGAGAAUGAGAAUGAAGUUACCGGUGUCAUUACUCUCAGAGAUGUGAUCUCUUGCUUCAUAUUUGAGCCCCCAAACUAUUUUGAUAGCUACUUUGGGUUUUCAGUGACAGAAAUGUUGAAUCAGUGAAGUGUCUGUUGUCUAAUAACAACCCAUGCAGAGGUGCAACUGAAUCUGAUUCAGUUUACAAUUUCUCGCCAUCCUGUACUAUGCAGUUUCUCUUCAUGUAAUUUCAAUUGAACUAAAUCCAAUGAAUUUUACUGUUUUAUGUUCAGUUAGAUUUUGACUAACUUGAUUGAUCAAAUUAAUUGAUAUCAAGCAUGUUUUAUACACAUAUUCAUAUGUUAAUCUUAAUAAUCUUGCUAGUCGAAAUACAUUUUUUUUUUCUUCGUGGAUUUUUUAAGUAACAAGUACAUGUAUUUAUCAUUAUCUUAGUUUAUAAAACUAAAAUGGGUGAUGAAUUUGGGAAACAGGAAAAACCCUAAAGAAAAUGAUUAUGGAAAUUUCAUAGACCUCUCAUUAUUCAUUUUCCUCCCAAUGGUUGAAAAAACCUUGAGAGAAUCCAAAA